AUGUUUACAAUCAGCUCGUACGCUCUACACCCUCUGGCGCAGCGGUUCAUAAGGUUGUGGCGGUACGCGCAGCUGGUCUCCGACUGUCUGACCUUCCUGCUGUCCAUGCUCUGUUGUCAGUGCGGUGCCAUGAUGCCACUGUCAACCUCUUCAUCCAUCGCUGAUGGCGACGAAUCUAUCGAAGCUUAUAGGAUAGUCUCUGAGCCAGUUAUAGACGCUGGUAGAGCGAGCGGGGAACCAUUCAGACCACAACACUUGGUCAUAGACUUCAACCCUCAAGCGGGAGACACAGAUGAGGUCAGUCUCAAGUGUCAGCAGUUGUGGGAGGUUGUCAAUAACCACCCGGCCCUGGAGGGGAUGAUGGCUGUAGCGAUUCAGUACACGUUACCAAUGAAAUAG